GGCUCCCUCCCGGUCCCCACCUCGGCCCCGGGCUCCUAAGCGGCUCCGGGGCGCCCUUUCGGUCAACGUUGUAGUUUGCCCCCUCCCCAGCCCCAGGCCCCGGGAGGCAGGCUCUCUAGCGCCCAGCCCGGGAGCCGGCCGGGAAGCGCGAUGGGGGCUCCCGCUGCCCUGCUCCUGCUCCUGCUGUGCGCCGGCCGCUGGGCGCCCGGAGGGGCCAACCUCUCCCAGGACGGCUACUGGCAGGAGCAGGAUGUGGAGCUGGGAACUCUGGCUCCGCUCGACGAGGCCAUCAGCUCCACAGUCUGGAGCAGCCCUGACAUGCUGGCCAGUCAAGACAGUCAGCCCUGGACAUCUGAUGAAACGGUGGUGGCUGGUGGCACCGUGGUGCUCAAGUGCCAAGUGAAAGAUCAUGAGGACUCAUCCCUGCAGUGGUCUAACCCUGCCCAGCAGACUCUCUACUUUGGGGAGAAGAGAGCCCUUCGAGAUAAUCGGAUUCAGCUAGUCAGCUCCACGCCUCAUGAGCUCAGCAUCAGCAUCAGCAACGUGGCCCUGGCGGACGAGGGCGAGUACACCUGCUCCAUCUUCACUAUGCCUGUGAGAACUGCCAAGUCCCUCGUCACUGUGCUCGGCAUCCCACAGAAGCCCAUAAUCACCGGUUACAAAUCAUCCUUACGAGAAAAGGACACAGCCACCCUAAACUGUCACUCUUCUGGGAGCAAACCUGCAGCGCAGCUCACCUGGAAAAAGGGUGACCAAGAACUUCAUGGAGAACCGACUCGGAUACAGGAAGAUCCCAAUGGUAAAACUUUCACUGUGAGCAGCUCAGUGACGUUCCAGGUUACCCGAGAGGAUGAUGGGGCGAACAUCGUGUGCUCUGUGAAUCAUGAGUCUCUAAAGGGAGCUGUCAGAUCCACCUCUCAACACAUUGAAGUUUUAUACACACCAACUGCUAUGAUUAGACCAGACCCUCCGCAUCCCCGUGAGGGCCAGAAGCUGUUGCUACACUGUGAGGGGCGUGGCAAUCCAGUCCCCCAGAAGUACCUGUGGGAGAAGGAGGGCAGUGUGCCGCCCCUGAAGAUGGCCCAGGAGAGUGCUCUGAUCUUCCCCUUCCUCAACAAGAGUGACAGCGGCACCUACGGCUGCACGGCCAUCAGCAACAUGGGCAGCUACAAGGCCUACUACACCCUCAAUGUUAACGACCCCAGCCCCGUGCCCUCCUCUUCCAGCACCUAUCAUGCUAUCAUCGGGGGAGUCGUGGCUUUCAUUGUCUUCCUGCUGCUCAUCCUGCUCAUCUUCCUCGGCCACUACUUGAUCCGGCACAAAGGAACCUACCUGACACAUGAGGCCAAAGGCUCUGACGAUGCCCCAGACGCGGACACGGCCAUCAUCAACGCAGAAGGCGGGCAGUCAGGCGGGGAUGACAAGAAGGAGUACUUCAUCUAGGGGCGCCUGCCCACCUCCGGCGCCCCUCAGGGGCCCCAUGGGGACUGCUGGGGCCGUCACCAACCCGGACUUGUACAGAGCGACCCCAGGGCCGCCCCUCCCGCUUGCUCCCCAGCCCACCCACCCCCCUGUACAGAAUGUCUGCUUUGGGUGCGGUUUUGUACUCGGUUUGGAACGGGGAGGGAGGAGGGCGGCCCUCAGCCCUUUCCGUGGCUUCUCUGCGUUUGGGUUAUUAUUAUUAUUUUUGUAACAAUCCCAAAUCAAAUCUGUCUCCAAGCUGGAGAGGUGGGGGCCUUGGGGUGAGGAGAGCAAAAAACUGGAGUUGGGGAGUGUUAGGAGAAUGACGGUGGAGGGGCAGGGAGAGGGUCAGGCCGCUGGGGGAGGUGGGGCCUCUCACCCGCCCUCCCUCCAUCCUCCACAGCACAGCAGCUUCCCAGGCUUCCCCAGAAACCCAGGAGCAGGAGGGUUGUGAGCAAGGGCUGGGGGUGGCCAGCCACACACUAAGAGCUAUGGACAGGGAGGUGGGUACCACCCUGACACCCUCUUCCAUUGCCGUGAGAAGAGGGUGAAUGGGAAGUCCCAGGGCUUUAACCCGGGAAGGACACAGGCCCCUGCAGGAAAGGGUACAUUUAGAAAGAAAGGAUGGCGGAGAUGGGCCAUCCCUCCAUUGCCCCCAAAAUGAAUGAAGCCAGGCCCUUUCCAUGGGAACCACCCUUGGGGGAUACAGAACAGGGCUGUCCCUCCUCGCCCUCACAGCCACAGGAGAGGUGCUGCUCUGGGGCCUGGACUGUGUCUGCCGCCCCCUCCAGGGGGCCCCUCACUCUCGCCCAAGACCCUGGAUGGUUGCACAGCAACCUCUCCUCCGUGGCAAUGCUCAGCAACUGCUCUGCCCUUCUUGGCUGCUCUGUGCUCCUUCCUGGUCCCCACGCCAGCCCUCAGCCCUCUGCCCUCAGCAGCCAGGCAGACUUAACAACAAAAAUACUAAAAGGAGCUUCACUGCACUGA